GUUGGAGGACGACUGGCUGAUCUGGGUGGGCGGCGCCGGCCGGAAGCAGCCCUUGCUCCGCUUCAGCUGCGGCAACCUGGACGACGAGCCCAUCGGCCCCGUCGGCAGGCAGUACCACAUGCUGUUCAAGAUGCAGAACACCGACAGCAAGCUGUUCCGCCGGCUCAUGGACGUCCACGGCGUCCGUGAGGCGUCGCCGUCCGUCUGCGACUUCAACAUCCUCUGGACGGGCGUGCACCCCAAGCCGUUCGUGCUGCGCAACCUGUACGACUACCAGCGCGUGAACCACUUCCCCAGGUCUUACGAGCUGACGAGGAAGGACCGGCUGUGUAAAAACAUCGAGAGGAUGAAGUAUAUACGCGGCGCCAAGCACUUUGACUUCAUACCGCCCAGCUAUAUCAUGCCAAACGAAUAUCAGGAGUUCUGCUCAGCGUUUCUGAAGGACCGCGGCGCGUGGAUCGUCAAGCCGGUCGCCUCGUCCCGCGGUCGGGGCAUCUACCUCAUUAACCACCCGGACCAGAUUCCGCUGGACGAGAGCGUGGUCGUGUGCAAGUACAUCGAAAACCCGCUGCUGGUGGACGGCUACAAGUGCGACGUGCGGCUGUACGUGGCUGUGACCUCCUACGACCCGCUGGUCAUCUACCUGUACGAGGAGGGCCUGAUCCGCUUCGCGGCCGUCAAGUACGACCAGAGCGCCAAGAUGCUCUGGAACCCCUGCAUGCACCUCACCAACUACAGCGUCAACAAGUACCACACCAAUUACGUGCAGAACGAUGACGCCGAGGUAGACGACUACGGCAACAAAUGGUCACUGUCGGCACUGCUGCGCCACCUGAAGCUGGCCGGCGAGGACACCACGCGCCUGAUGCAGGACAUUGAGGCCAUUGUCGUCAAGUCUGUGAUUGCCGUGGCGCCGACGGUCACUACCGCCUGCAAGAUGUUCGUGCCGGCCAGGAGGAACUGCUUCGAGCUGUACGGCUUCGACAUCCUGAUCGACUCGUCGCUGCGGCCGUGGCUGCUGGAGGUGAACCUGUCGCCGUCGCUGGGCUGCGACACGCCGCUCGACAGCAAGGUCAAGUCGGCCGUCGUCGCCGACCUGUUCACGCUGAUCGGCGUGCCGGCCGUCGACCCGAGCCGCGCCCGCCAGGUCAAGCAGCGCCAGCGCGCCACCGUCCGGAUGCGCGCGCCGUCGAUGGACUCGGUGCCGCGCGGCGGCCGCCAGAUGCGCUCGGCUCUCUCGGCCGAGGAGGCGCGGGUGGUGCGCGAGGUGCGCGAGGAGCAGGCGCGCCGCGGCGCCUUCAUCCGCAUAUUCCCGGCACCCGAUACCUGGUCACUGUACAGCUGCUUCUUGGCGCCCAUCAACUCGCACCUCAACCAGAUGCUGCACGAGGAGCUGUACCCCAACACGAGCGCCGCGCCACACGGGCCACGCUCGCUGAGCCGCAAGAGCAGCAGCAUCCCGUCGCUGAGCAUCACCAGUAAGUCGCGCAACGAGCGCACGGCCUGCUACGAGCGGCCGCUGGCGCGCGGCUCCAAGGACGCGUUCGUGGGCUGCGGCGAGACGCGCGACCCCGAGGAGCAGGCGUCCGAGCGGCUCACUGUCAAGCGCACCAUCAUCGAGGAGAUGCACCGCGGCGUGCGCAUGAGGUACGGCGGCCGGCGAGCGGCGUCACUCGGGGUACACGUCAUCCAGGCGCCGGGGCGUCACUUCACGCCGGUGGAGAAGGCCAUCCUGAUCGCCAAGCAGCUGGGUGACUUCAUCCACCUGUACAACCGGGAGACGCUGGAGCACGUGGCGCCGCGCGAAGGCCUCAACAUACUGGAGCCGCAGCUGCACAAACAGUUCGUCACCGGUCGCCAGGUGCGGCAGGAGCGCGGCAACAGCUGUCUCGAGUCGGACCUGGAGGAGGUGCUGACGCUGCACACGUCGCUGUUCCACUCCGCCGACCUGUUCUUGGGACGGGCGCGCGCGCGCGAUCGCCCCAGCCCGCUCUCCGUCGGCAACCUGCUCAAGAGCUCGCUGCGCGACUUCGCGACGACCGGCGGCCGCGACAAGGUGAAGACGCUUAACAAGAUCUACCGGUAG